AUGCAUCUAUGGUGCUUUAUGUUUUUGAGUUUUUUUCAUUUUGUGAACAGCCAAAAUGCUUUUUUGAAAAACCCUGACCCUGUUCUACUACAGCAGUACUUGAAUGCCAUCACAGCUUAUGGUCCUGGGCUAGGCGUUUUCAGUCCAUACUCAUAUGUUGAUAUAUCCUAUGAUAACAUCCCCUUCAUCGGUAAGGUGCCUAUCUUCGGUAAGGAGGGUACUUCAUCCAAACUGGGAAUCUCACCCUUCUAUCCACCCGAGGGAAAUCCUAGUAAUCCAAUCCCUCCUCUCUAUAGAGCGCGACCCCUACCACUACAUGUUCCCGAACCUCAAGAUGUUGUUGCUGUUCCAUUGGAUGAGGAGACUCUUCAUGGAGAGCCCUUGUUCCCGCCAGAACUUGUGCUGCCAGGAGAAAGAAUAAAAUCUGAAGAGGAUAAUCUCGAAAAGCCAAUCGAUCCGUUCAGUGAUGCUGAUAAUAUCCCUGAAGGAUUUGUAGAUUGGAAGGGCAAACAGACGUUAACUGAAGGACAAGAAGCAUUUGAGGACUCUCAAGGGGAAACUAUCAUCAUGGAUAGUGUGAAGGAACAGAAUGCGAAGCCCGAGGAUGUCAAGAAAAUUAAAUUUGGGAGAGAUCCUGAACCCAAGAGCCCUUUCAGAUCAAAGCGUACGAAGAGGUUUAAUAAAGAUAUUUAA